AGGAGAGUCUCGAACCUGCAACCUCGCAACGUGGAGGAGACCCGGAAAGGGGACAGCGGCUCCGUGAGCCCCUGGCGCCGCGCGGUGCAUUCUGGGACCCGCACUGAUUUGGGCCCGAGCCGCGGAGGGCGCCGGGACGAGCGGUAGCGGCUGAGGGGACGCGAGGCAGCGGUGUCGGCGCUACUAGAAGCGGCGGGUUCGGGGCCCGGCCGGCCGCACGGAGAGAAGGCUGCCCACCCCAGCUGCCGCCCCCAGGGCCGCGGGGACAUCGUUGGGCCCAGGCCGCCGCCGGGGCACGGAGCGGCACCUACCCGGCCUCGGCCAGUCCCGCACUGGCCACCGUGGAGGUGGCGGCGGACGGAGCCGGGCCAGGCCAAGAGAGAUCCGAGCGCCAGGAACAACCUCUGCCCCGGGGACCAGGAGAGAGAACAGCCCCCGGCGGCCGGGCCCCCUCUGCAAGUCCGGCUCCCUUCUCCGGGACCCAGGAAGCCCCAGCCCGACUCCUCGCUAAGGCUUCCGGGAGCCGAGACUACUCCAGCCGCUCAGGGGAGCGAGGCCUCCGGGAAAGGGGCCCUUCCCCAGGCCGGCGCUCCCCUGGGGCCUCCGGCAGGGGAAAAGCCUCCUAUCUACUUCCUAAUCCACUCUCGCAACUCGAGUCUCCUGAGAGGUUGGGGCCUCUGGGGAGAGGAGAACAACCCCAACAUCGCAGGGACCUCGGUUCCAAACCAUCGAUCUCUCCCCCAGUUAGUCAGUCUCUAGGUCCCGGGACCUACCUGUUCCCCCCGCCUCGUGGGAUACCCUGUUGUUUAGUUUUAGAGAGAGGACUGCUUACUGGGCUGGAUCAGGACAUCUCAGCGCCGGAGCCUCUUCUGAAGAGUCAUUGGUGUGAGUGUAAUUGGAUGGAACAAUAACCCAAAGUACAAAUACCCCAACAGCCCCUCCCGACUUUCAAAACAGCAUCCAGCGGCACCCACCACUGGGAUUAUAAAUGUGUGAGAGAAGACCCAGGAAACCGAGGGAAGGAAAGGAUCCUACCGUUACUAACAGAGGGGGGGAAAGAGAGAGUUUUUCUAAAUACCCCACAAGAAAAGCUAUUCCCUCUUUUUUUCUAUUUUUACUCUUUUGAAUAAUGCGAUUGUGACCUUAGAGGGAUUUCUGAACCAUGCACUGUUGAAGCUUGUUGCACCAGCAGGAUAGAAGUGACUUUGCCUUUGCACAUGUUUCCCCCACCUGGGCUGUUGCAGGAACUGUGGGCCAUCAGUAGAGAGAAGGGAAGCUGAGACUGCUUUGUUUGCACUCAUUCUUUUUUGCCUUGGGGACUUCACAGGCCGGCUGAAACCAUUGCUGCUCCUCCUGGACCUAUUCUUUGCUCAGCAGUUUUAUUUAUUCUUUUGUGUGGGGGGUUGUUUAGUAAAUGGACAUUGUACCCAAGGUGGAUGGCUAAUCUACAGUCUGAAAGGUGUCUGGGGAUCACACAAAGCUGCUAAAAGAACAGGAAAGUUCUGGGGUUGCUGGAAUUUUGGGGGCUGUUUUCAAGCCAUUUUGUUUCUUCGAACAAGAUGAUGUGUGAGGUGAUGCCAACCAUCAGCGAGGCAGAGAUUCCCUCUGGAGGAAAUGGAGGCCAUGGUUCAGGCUCUCCUUUACAGUCGGAUGCUGAUUCUCAUUUUGAGCAGUUAAUGGUAUCCAUGUUGGAGGAAAGGGAUCGACUUCUGGACACACUAAGAGAGACUCAAGAAACGCUAGUAUUGACCCAGGGCAAGCUACAUGAAGUCAGUCAUGAAAGAGAUUCCUUGCAGAGACAGCUCAAUACAGCACUUCCACAGGAGUUUGCAGCACUUACUAAAGAGCUUAAUGUAUGCAGGGAACAGCUCCUUGAAAGGGAAGAAGAAAUUGCUGAACUGAAAGCAGAAAGAAAUAAUACAAGGCUGCUAUUAGAACAUUUGGAAUGUCUAGUCUCCAGACAUGAGCGGUCCCUUAGAAUGACUGUUGUAAAGAGACAGGCUCAGUCUCCAGCAGGAGUGUCUAGUGAAGUUGAAGUUCUCAAAGCACUAAAAUCACUAUUUGAACAUCACAAAGCCCUUGAUGAAAAGGUAAGGGAAAGAUUACGAGUAGCACUUGAAAGGUGUAGUUUGUUGGAAGAAGAACUAGGUACUACGCAUAAAGAGUUAAUGAUUCUGAAAGAGCAAAACAAUCAGAAAAGAACACUAACUGAUGGGGUGCUGGAUAUAAAUCAUGAUCAGGAAAAUACACCAAGCACAAAUGGGAAGAGAUCUUCUGAUGGUUCUUCAAGCCACGAUGAAGACCUUGCUAAAGUUCUAGAACUCCAAGAAAUUAUAGACAAGCAGACCAACGAGCAAGGCCAAAUGAAGGAACGUCUCACUGCUCUUUCUAGCAGAGUAACAGAGCUGGAAGAAGAUCUUGACACAGCUAGAAAAGAUUUAAUAAAAUCAGAAGAAAUGAAUACAAAGUUGCAAAGAGAUGUACGAGAGGCCAUGGCCCAAAAGGAAGACAUGGAAGAGAGAAUUACAACUCUUGAAAAACGCUACCUCGCCGCACAGCGUGAAGCUACGUCUGUGCAUGACCUCAAUGAUAAACUUGAAAAUGAAAUUGCUAAUAAAGACUCCAUGCACCGACAAAGUGAAGAUAAGAACCGACAGUUGCAAGAACGACUGGAACUGGCUGAGCAAAAGUUGCAGCAAACUUUGAGAAAAGCUGAGACUUUGCCUGAGGUGGAGGCUGAACUGGCACAGAGAGUUGCAGCACUUUCAAAGUCUGACCCUUUGUCUUCUGGGAACUCUGCUGCUAAAGAGGCUAAACUGUUGGAACUUGCCUCCAAGUUUAGGAAGGCUGAGGAGAGACAUGGCAACAUUGAAGAACGGUUACGACAGAUGGAAGCACAAUUGGAGGAAAAGAAUCAGGAAUUGCAAAGGGCUAGACAAAGAGAGAAGAUGAAUGAAGAACAUAAUAAACGUUUAUCAGAUACUGUUGAUAAACUUCUGUCUGAAUCCAAUGAAAGACUUCAGCUUCAUCUCAAGGAAAGGAUGGCUGCUCUGGAAGAUAAGAACUCUCUUCUUCGAGAAGUUGAAAAUGCAAAGAAGCAAGUAGAGGAUCUUCAACAUGAAAAGGAUCAACUGGUACUAAAUAUUGAAGCAAUGAGGGCCGAAAAUGACCAAAUGAGGAUCAGAGCCACUUCUCUUCACCAUAGCCGACCACAUUUGGGUAGUGUACCAGAUUUCAGAUAUCCGAUGACACCAUUAUCUGUCGCUGACAGUCAUACGGAUCCCUAUAGCACCUCAUCAGUGUUAAGACGGCCCCAGAAAGGGCGUUUGGCAGCUCUACGAGAUGAACCUUCAAAGGUUCAAACCCUUAAUGAACAGGAUUGGGAACGUGCACAACAAGCAAGUGUGUUGGCAAAUGUAGCACAAGCAUUUGAGAGUGAUGUUGAUGUCUCGGAUGGUGAAGAUGACAGAGAGACUAUAUUCAGUUCAGUCGAUCUUUUGUCACCUAGUGGUCAGGCUGAUGCUCAGACUCUAGCCAUGAUGCUUCAAGAGCAAUUGGAUGCAAUUAACAAAGAGAUUAGAUUGAUACAAGAAGAAAAGGAAAAUACGGAGCAGCGAGCAGAGGAAAUUGAAAGUCGAGUUGGUAGCGGGAGUCUAGAUAACAAUGGACGAUUUCGGUCAAUGAACUCCAUUCCCCUUCCUUUUAUUGGUGGGACCCUCGCUGGUUCCUCUCCUCCUGGUAGUGGCCGUUCCACACCAAGGCGGAUCCCACAUAGUCCAGCUCGGGAAGUGGACAGACUAGGUAUUAUGACACUAUCUCCAGUUUCUGGAGAAGAAGUACGAGAUGACAAGACCACAAUAAAAUGUGAGACAUCACCACCAUCUUCACCUCGAUCUCUGCAUUUGGAUAGAGUCCAUAAAGGAGCUUUGCAUACAUUGAGCCACGAAGACAUCAGGGACAUAAGAAAUUCUACAGGUUCUCAAGAUGGGCAAGUAAGCAACCCCAGUAGCAGUAAUAGUAGCCAGGAUUCCCUUCACAAAGCCCCUAAAAAGAAGGGGAUCAAAUCUUCUAUAGGUCGCUUAUUUGGUAAGAAAGAAAAGGGUCGACCUGGACAAACCAGCAAAGAAUCUUUGGGACAAGUUGGCUUGGCAGAAACAGACAAUUCAUCUCAAGAUGCCUUAGGACUCAGCAAACUUGGGGGACAGGCAGAAAAAAAUAGAAAACUACAGAAAAAACAUGAAUUGCUUGAGGACGCUAGAAGGCAAGGUCUGCCUUUUGCACAAUGGGAUGGCCCUACUGUGGUGGUGUGGCUAGAGUUAUGGGUAGGGAUGCCAGCAUGGUAUGUGGCCGCUUGCCGAGCAAAUGUGAAAAGUGGUGCCAUCAUGUCUGCCUUGUCUGAUACGGAAAUACAGCGUGAAAUUGGAAUCAGUAAUCCUUUGCACAGGUUGAAACUGAGGCUUGCCAUUCAAGAGAUCAUGUCACUAACAAGUCCAUCUGCCCCUCCUACGUCAAGAACGACCACGGGAAAUGUCUGGGUAACACAUGAAGAAAUGGAAAAUCUUACAGCCACGCCACAAACGGAAGAUGAGGAGGGAAGCUGGGCUCAGACUCUAGCAUACGGUGAUAUGAACCAUGAGUGGAUUGGCAAUGAGUGGCUCCCCAGUUUGGGGCUCCCUCAAUACCGCAGCUACUUCAUGGAAUGUCUUGUUGAUGCUAGAAUGCUAGAUCACUUGACUAAGAAAGAUCUCCGUGGACAACUUAAAAUGGUUGACAGUUUUCAUAGAAACAGUUUCCAGUGUGGUAUUAUGUGUUUGCGAAAAUUAAAUUAUGACCGAAAAGAACUUGAAAGAAGAAGAGAAGAAAGCCAGAAUGAAAUAAAAGAUGUUCUUGUAUGGAGCAAUGACCGAAUGAUUCGCUGGGUACUGUCAAUCGGUCUUAAAGAAUAUGCAAAUAACCUUAUAGAAAGUGGAGUUCAUGGUGCACUUGUGGCCUUAGAGGAAACUUUUGAUUUCAAUGCAUUAGCUUUAUUAUUACAAAUACCUACUCAGAACACACAGGCUCGUGCUGUUUUGGAGAGAGAAUUUAAUAACCUUCUUGUUAUGGGCACUGACAGGAGAUUUGAAGAGGAUGAUGAUAAAAGCUUUAGACGAGCACCUUCGUGGAGAAAGAAGUUUAGACCAAAGGACGUAAGAGGCUUAGCUGCUGGAUCUGCAGAGACUCUUCCUGCAAACUUCAGAGUUACCUCCUCAAUGUCUUCACCUUCUAUGCAGCCAAAGAAGAUGCAAAUUGAUGGCAAUGUAUCAGGAACACAAAGGCUGGAUUCCACUACAGUAAGGACUUACUCCUGUUAAAGGCGUCUGUUGUUUACCCACACUAUUUCUACCGGUGAUAUGCAGCAUUUUGAACGCAAAGACCAUAUUUUAGAAAUCAGUGGAAUCUUUAAUUUGUUAAUACUUGUUAAAAGGACACUUUGAGAUAUUUUAUUACAGAGUUUUUAAUUAGCAAAUAAAUUCAUGAGUACCAUAGAGAAAAUAUUUUAGAAUUAAAUGUUUCUUAUAUUUAAGUAAACCUAUGUGACUUUUCAUUUAUAUAGUUACUUACCUUUUCCAUCUGUAUUCAGUCUUUAAAUCAAAUCCUUGCUGAUUUUAUCCUUAAUUUGUUAGUCUUUCCAACUGAAUGUACUGUAAUGCUUGUAAGUAUAUGUCCCUAUCAGCAAUAUAGGGCUUUUGUAAAUUAUGCAGUUAUUGUAAUUAUCAUUGGGUUUUUUAAUAAUGAAACUGAAGGUGAAAAGGAUUUUACUGUCUUUGUAAAAGUAUCAUGACACCAAGCAGUAUAUAUUUUCUUUUUUGGAAAUAUUAACUAGUUCUAAAAAUUAAAUAAACCAGCCUUUUUUAGAUAAACAUUGAGAUAAACGUUUUAGUAAGCAGGUCUAAUAGAUUUUUUUUUUCUGUUGAUAGUUGUACCUUUUUCACAAAGAAAAUUUGUCAGGUAGUGUGAAUUUGUCUUCAUUUAAUGCUUUAGUACAUUUUUAAAACGGGGGAACACUAUAACACUAUGGAACAUGUUUUAGAAUUGGUUAACUCUUUCAUAACUUCCAGUCUGCUGUAUUUGUAUAGCAUGUCUUUACAAUGACUGAACAUAAGCCAUAAACUGAGAAAUGUUUUCUCUCAGCCAAGGAAGAAGGACUUCAUAAUAGCUCCUGUUAGUAAUCCACAGGCCACAAAAAGUGCUUUCCUCCCAUAUCCGUUUGAUUAAAAACAUUUGUGGAAAGACACUGAUGCAACUAUUCUUAGCGGACCAAUCAUGAAGCACUGCAGUCUAAUGUAAAAAAAGAUAGUAAAAGAUGAAGGCACAGUAUGCUGAAGAAUAAAUAAAGUAGUGCAACUUCUAAUAAAGGCCUUAUUUUUCCUAUGUAAGUCAUCUUUUUGCAUUCGUUUGUAAACUUGUUCUAAAAAUUUGUCCAGAUUUUUUAAAAUUUUUGAUGGUUGUAGCUAUUUCAGGCUUUGCGUAGACAAUGUAUCAUUGAAUGGCACAUUAAAAAGCCAGUAAGAAAUCUGUUCAGGUCAUGGUGCAUUAUUUAUUAUGCAACAAUAUAUAUAGCAUGUCUUUUUUUUCUUUUUUUCCCCCCCUUGUUUGGUUUCUUCUCUUUAGUUUAUUUGUACAACUGAAAUUCAUUGUUACUGUUUCAUGUUUUUUCUAAUAAUCUUUUGUGUACUUCUGAUUAUGUAACGAAGUAUGUACAGCCUAAGUACUUUGAACUAUUUUUACCACAGUAUUAUUUAUUGCUUUCUUUCAAUAAAGCUCUGAAGCAUUUUCCACUGCCAAUAAAACGCUAUUGAAAAAACUAAGAUGUAAUCGUAUGCAAAAAUGAAGCUAUUUUUUGUGAUGAGUGCUGGAGAGUUGUCAAUAAAGUAUCUUAACAAUU